AAUUUUAGAGGGUGCCUAGAGAUUGUCCAUAAUUUUAGAGGGUGCCUAGAGAUUGUCCAUAAUUUUAGAGGGUGCCUAGAGACUGUCCAUAAUUUUAGAGGGUGCCUAGAGACUGUCCAUAAUUUUAGAGGGUGCCUAGAGACUGUCCAUAAUUUUAGAGGGUGCCUAAAGACUGUCCAUAAUUUUUGAGGGUGCCUUGAGACUACUGUCCAUAAUUUUAGAGGGUGCCUAAAGACUGUCCAUAAUUUUAGAGGGUGCCUAAAGACUGUCCAUAAUUUUAGAGGGUGCCUAGAGACUGUCCAU